AUGUCCUUUCAACAGACAUCAAUAUCUACCUCAAAUCCAACACCGUAUCAACAAUCUCAGUCACAAUUACCUCAACAAGUUGCUAAUUGGUUAUUUAAUGUCAUACAGCCACUGUACAAAUUUAAACAAUUAGUUUAUUCUCAUGUCUAUCAAUUUCUACAAUUACAUUUAAAAAAGAAUUUGAAUUUCAGGAUAAGGACACAAGUUUACACAUCUGAAGAUACUGGUGAAUCAAAUUUAUUAAUCAAUUUAUUUGGAGAUAUUUAUAUAAAUGAUCAAAUUAGUGUACCAAUUGUUAUAUGGAUUCCAUUAGAUUACCCAAAUGAGAGUUGUCCACUAGUUUAUAUAGUACCCAACCACUCCAAAAAUUGGUUUUUGAAUCCGAAUAAUUAUGUGGAUUCUCAAGGAAAAUUUUAUCAUCCUUAUUUAGCUAGUUGGUAUAGACAUUGCAUGGAUGGAAACGUAGAUUUGGUACAUUUUCAAUUAAUAGAAUUAAUCAAUAUUAUAUACCAUAGUGUCAAAUUGGAAGUUCCAAUACGGAAUGGAACUUCUUUUACACCUUCUAGGAUGGUAUCACCUCCUGUAACUGAAACAUCGUCUGCUCAAUCUACGGGUCCACCAUUACCUACUAAACCUCCAAAAUUAUUAUCACCCCAAAAUACUACACCUUUGAAAUAUCAAAGUCCUUUACCAUUACCACAAGAGCAAACAUCACUUCAAAAUAGAUCCUACACGGGAAAUACCUCAACAUAUGUUUCACAAUCAAGUGUGCUAUCGCCUCAACCAGUUCAUGAACAAACACGUACCCUGGUUCAGCCUCGAGUUGAAUAUUCGAAUGAGCUAUCCUCCAAUUCAAGCCCACAAACUUUGCAAUCAAAUAUACGCCAAACCAAUCCCGAGGACUUGGUCGAUAGAAUCAAUGAAAUGUCAAUUGAUGAUCCAUUGAGAAAGCGCUCAUUAGAGAUACUAUCUAGUAAGUUUAACGAGAUAUUCACAAAUGAUCCUAUAAAUAAACAAAUAACAUUUGCUAAUGAAAAUCUUUCUAAAGCUGAUGCACUAUUCAACCAAUUAAACCAUCAUUAUCAACAAGCAGAACAAAAUUCAAUAAUUUUGGAAGAUCAUUUGAAUCAUUUAACUUCACAGUUAACUAAUUCAACGAAAUUGAAUCAAGAAUUAAAUAUUUUAAAUCAACAAAACAUUCAAGCAGAAGAUAAAGUUCACUUGAAUUCGAAUAAUGAGAUCUUAUUAGAUGAUUUAAUUAUUCCCGACCUGCCAUUAGUUAAACAGUUAUAUCAAACUGUUUCAGAAAUAAAAGCAAUUAAAGACACAAUGAAUUUGAUAAGUGGUAAUUUUUUAAACAACAAUGAACUUAUAAAUGACAAAAACUGUGAUAAUUGUGUAAAAAUAAUGAGAAAUUUAGGUAGAGAAUUAUUUUGGUUAGAAUUGACUAAAAUUGAAAUUGUUAAUAUAAUGAAUCUUAAACAAUAA